GUAAGCAGACUGUCCGGACUUUCUACGACAUGUCACGUGCAACGGACUAUCCUCGAGUCUGGCCGCUCUCGUCGUUGCGUUGAGGAUGCGUAGGACAGUGCCGUACACAUCACUACAUCCGCAAUCAUGGACUGAGCCAGCCAGGCGCUGGCGGAAGUCUUCUCUGCAGGCGAUUAUGCGCCAUACCGUGCAGUUUCAGAGAAGAGCAGUGUUCCAUCGUCGUAAACACGGAGGAGCGUCAAUAUUGCUGGAAACCCAAAGCCAGCAAUACCUUAGCCCAGACGAAGAGAAAGCUAUGGUCAAGUUUUUGUUACUGAUGUCUCAUUUCGGGCACCCUGUACAAAUUAAAUACAUACCUUCGCUAGUUAGACGUUGUAAGGGUCCAUGAACAAGCGACUUCACCGAGCGCCUGGCAGCACUAUGCGCGACCUUAGAUACGUUUAUCCCUUUUGUGAGAGUGGAAAUAUCUCACCGACUUAUGGGCGGCUGCGUAUAGCUGCACAGGGGUG